UUGCAACAAGUUUGACAGUCGAAUUGGAUCUCGACCGGGAGAGGACCUGCAUUAUCAGCUGCUUGGACUUUUUCAAAAAACAAAACAGCGCGACCUGCAUUGUUUUAACAACAUGAAGAAAGAAAUAAAGACAUCUUCGACAAAGAAGCCUGACAACCAAAAAAUGGCAAAUAAAGAUCAGAAGAGCAUCACGGAAUGCGCCCUGAACCUCCGAAAAAUUGGAGAUGUGGUCAACUUAAAAUACAAACUACUGGGCAUUUUAGCCAAAAAUAACGUGGCAGUGUUUAAAAAAAAGUGAAACAAAUAUAUGCAACAACAAUGUUUGUGUUGGAUCUUUCCUGUCGUACAAGAAAAAGGUUGCAAGAAUGCAAGUGUAACAGUUCCAAGGAUCGAAGCCUGGGCUUGAAAGAAGCUUGGGGGUGUCCGAGCCUUUUCUUCAGAACGACUGUUCUUGGAAACUCUGCUGGGGGCUCCUGUUCAGAAGAUACUGGGAAAUAAACCAUGUUUACCUUUCCAUAUCGUGUGUCAAGAUAAAAGGGAAGUAAAGGGAUGCUGGUGAACUAUGCAUAGGGUGUUGAGGAUUUCCAUGCCUUUACCCUGCCCCAUAUCCACGAGCUUCCAUGGGUUAACACUGGAGGAGAGUUAGCAAAGCGGGACUCGAUACUCCAUACCAAUGCUAUACUUGGUAAAUGACGUGAAAACGUGUUGCUUUAUAUGUCGUGAUUGACUUGCUGCGUGAUAAUAAUAAACGAACAGAGUUACUAUAUAACAAUAUAAUAAACAAGUUUACUGAAAACACGUUUUAAUGUAGCGGAAUUAAAGAAGAUACAUGCAUGAGGCUGAAGUCAAUGUGCUUUUCUUCUGCAAAUGUUUUUAUCAUUACCUUUAUUGAUUGCAAAACAACAUCAACUGCUUUAAAUGUUUUUUGUUUGUCAGUCCUUUUUUUCUCAUUGUAAAAUAAUAUAAAAUGUAUUUAAAUGUUUUUGUCAUUGCUUUUGCUCAUAGUAAAAUAACUUCUGUAUGUUCUUAAUGGCAAUACAAAUACAUAACACAAUUGUCGUAGUUGUACCGUUUGUUUUUAAUAAUGUGAAGUACUGUAAAGAGCCAAGUAAGAUUUUAAUAACCGAUUUGCUAAUGUAACGGGCUGUGUUGUGUGAUGAACGGCAUUAGGGACUGUCCCUGUGCGAAGAGAUGAGCUUAAAAGUUAUAAAACCAGCAAUGCCGACGAGACAGCUGCUCCGCACAUUCGUCCUUUGUGACAAAGUAAAACUCAUUAUUCUUGUGUACAGGUAAUGUGCGCAGAUCCGAAUACCAGCUACUGAGCUUUUUUUUUUUUUUUUUUUUUUUAAUAAAUCCAUAUGAAAUAUG